CACGGACCCAGCAUCAUUCGAAGCCAAAAGAACGAGGUGGUAUUUUGUGGUAUAGAAGCUCCCUCUUGGAGUCCUCUGUUGCUGAUCUAGCAAGAACAAUGGGUUUUCUCAAUAUGCUCCAGAUAAUAGUACUUCUUCUACUGUGGUCCUCAGCUCGCAUCUCAGGAUCCCAGGCUGUCGAGAUCGGAGUUAAUUUCCCAAAAAGUACAGCCGAGCCGCUGACGCGUCAGGGCAAGGAUCGACCGCGGGGAGAAAAUCAGGGGCUGUACAGAGUUAGAGAGAAGAAAUUCUCCUCAAGCCAGCUCAACGUGCUCCUUGUCAUCCUCCUGCUCUUCUAGGUGUUGCAGACACACUGGUCCAGAUGGAGACCGACAAGGGUUCUCGCCCGACUGUCGUGCUGGUGCCCGAACCCAGCCCCAGCCCCAACGAUCCACUGAAUUGGCCCAAAUGGCGCAAGUACCGGAUUCUGGCGGUGCUCUGCUUGGCCUCCUUCUCGGGGGCUAUUGCCCCCCUGUCGGGUCAGCUCAAUCUGGUUCAACAGGCUCAAAUUUAUGGCAAAACGAAAGUCCAAGAGUCGUAUGCGAACUCGGCCGCCUUGGCCGGCAUGGCCUUCGGGCCCUUCUUUGUGGCGCCCUUGGCCCAUCGACUGGGCCGCAGCUCCGUCAUCUUCUGGUGUAUGGUGUGUACCCUGGUCUGCCAGAUCUGGGCCGCUGUCAUGACCCACUCGGACGAGUAUAUCGCCUUCGUGAUGUCUCGGUUGUUCGCCGGGUUCUUCGGGGCAGUGCCCACCGUCAUCGGGCCGCGGAUGAUCACCGAUCUUCUGUUCCUGCACCAGCGCGGACGAGCCUUCACAGCACUGCACAUGUCCUUUCUCAUGGGCACCAUCGCCGGCCCAACUUUCUCCGCCUUCAUCUCGGCGGGGACCUUCUUCCCGGUGGAGUUCUGGUGGUCGGUGGGCCUCCUGGGCGCCACCGCCAUUCUCAUCCUGCUCUGCCUCGAAGAAACCGCCUUCGACCGCAUCGACCCCGAACGCAAUCGUCUCCCCCCGGCCAACUGGCUCGCUAACCGGCGCGCCACGUUCUUGUUUGGCCAGCAGCUCCUUCCGCCGAGCCCCUGGUCCACCACCGCGCGGAUCGCGGUGGCCCCCCUCCUCAUCGGCCUCUGCCCCGUCACGCUGAUCAUGGGCACCUUCACCCUGAUCUCUUUCGGCUUUUAUGUUGGCAUGAACGCCCUCGUCCCCGUCUGGCUGCAGCGCUCCCCCGCGGAGGGCGGCUACGGGUUCACCCUGCGGCAAAACGCCGCCUUCACCUUCUGCCACUGGAUUGGGAUCCUCCUCGUCCAGCUCGGCGGCCACCACUACAACGACCGGCUGCCGCUGCUCCUGGCCCGCCGUCGCUCCCACGGGGUGUGGAAGCCCGAGUAUCGGCUGCAUGUCCUCUGGAUCCCCAGUUUGAUCCUCAAUCCCAUCGGGCUGGGCCUCUUCGGCGCCACUCUCCAGUAUCAUCUGCACUAUAUGGUGCUGGCCCUCGCCGUCUUCCUCGUCACGAUCGGCUCCUUGGCGAGUGUGCCUGUGACGGUGAACUAUGUGGUCGAGUGCUUCACGCGGUAUCCGGCGGAAGCAGGGAUCGUGGUCGGGGCGUAUCGGAUUGUCUAUGGGCUGACGAUCAGCUUCUACAUCGACCCGUGGGUCGCGGCGGUGGGCGUCGGCUGGGUGUAUGGCAUGAUGGCCUUCUUCGCGGUGGUGUCAUUUCUGUGUGUGGGGUUGUUGAUGUGGAAGGGGGAUGUGAUUCGAGGGUGGCAGAUUGCCAGUGUGGCUAGUAGUGAGGAGGGGGUGCAAUUGGCAGGGGAGGGGGAGGGCUCGGAGUGUGGAACGGCGGUGCAUGAGGGAAAAAUGGAUGCUUGUUGAAGUUGGAAUUGUUGCGAUGAUCAAGAUAUCAACCGCGAGUCGAUGUGUGCCAGUGAACAUGGGAAUGAAUGCUCUUUGCGUGUUGAGGGGAGGGCCAGCCUUUUCCUGCAACCCUAACCCAGUCCCAUCUCCCCAUUCCGUUUUACUGUGAUUACUGUAACUACUGUGGGAUUUGCACCACCGCCCUUCCUGUGAUCGUAUCCUUCUCCAGACCACGAAUCAACGCCUCUGUCUCCUGGAAUGCAUACGUCCUCACCUCUGGCGUGAUCACCCCCUGGGCCGCGA